AUGAGUAAAAAUAAAAAUGAAUACUAAAAAUAAAAUUAAAAGAAUUCUAGCAAAAAUAAAAAAACCUCCAAUGGUUUUAAAAAUCAACCUAAACACAAAUUAAUAGAAAAUCAAUCGCCGAAUAAGAUAACAGAUAAAGAAAUAGAGGGGGAAUAUGAAGAAGAAAGCAAAAAAGAAUACAACAAAGUGACUGUAGGAUUCCAAAAUUUAGGUAAUACAUGCUACUUAAAUACUGCUUUGCAAACGAUAAGACAAAUCAGUUGUAUUAGUAGUGACUCUCUUCCUGAUACUAUAUUUUGUGAAACUCUCAAAAUUUUAUUUUAAAGCACCAAUUGUAAUCACAAAACAAAAUAUCUAAACUUUGUAUUUGAUAUAAUGUAAAAUUACUAAAUACAUCUAGAAAAUGGAGGAGAUGCAUAUUAGUGCCUUAUAAACUUGCUUAGAAAAAUCUAUUCAGAAAUAACUAAUAAAAAAGGCAUAGAAUAGUUUUAAAAAAGCUUCUAAGCUAUUUUUGAAGAUGGAGUUUUCUGUAAUAAUUGUAAAAAGUAUGAGGAAUCUAAGGAAGUUUAAUAUUGCCAUAUUUAAGAAGAAAUUAUUGGGAUAGAAGAUUUUUCAUUAAACUCAGCGAUUAUUGAACCUCAAUCUCUUUAUUAGGAUAGUGAAUGUAAAUACAAUUGCUCGACUUGUAAUCAACCUACUCUUAAACCUUUUAGAGCGAUUAUAUCUGCUCCUAAAUUCUUGAUUUUUAAAGUAAUAAAAUAAGAAAUAAGUAAUCAGCGAAAUAAUAAAAAAAAAGCUCAGAAAUAAACAAAUUAUUCACAAUUAAAUACAAAAAUAGAAGAUUAAUCUUAAUCCUUUUGUUAUAAUUUAAUUGGUUGUAGUGAGUUAUCUAAUAGUCACUAUACUUACACUGCAAAAUAUGAUGAUUAAUGGUAUCGCUUUAAUGAUUCAUAUGGGUAGAAAAUAGAAAAUUUUAAUAUUAACAAUAAUAAUAAUAUUAAUUAUUUACUAUAUAUUAAUGAUAAAUGA